AUGAGAGCUAGUCCAAGAGGGAAAGAAGAUAAAAAGUGACAGUAUACUGAAGCAGUAUUUUACGGCUGAAGCACGUUUCACUUCCUUUUUCUGGGCAUAGUCACCAUGCCAGGAAGAGUCAUUAUGACCCUGCGAUUAGAUGAGGCUUUACCCUGAAGACCUCCGCGAGAUCAUCCAGACGCGGGAUCUGAGAUAAUCCGACUGCACAAAGCAUGAGCAGCCCGUAGGAACAGGCUCGGGUAGUUUCGUCAUGAAUGGGUGUGGACCCCUACCUAACUUACUCUGCCCCGGGACCCGAAGUUCUGGCUUUUGUGCGGGAGGCGAUACCUGGAUGGCCUUAAGACUGUUGUUUUCCACAUAACAGUAUGUAGUGUAACUAAAUAACUGAACAGCCAUGGGUGAGCAAAAGCUGAUACCAACAGAAGACAAGACAGGAACAGUUCUUACGAUUCUCUCCUGUCUCUCUCUCUCUCUCUCUCUCUCUCUGGCUUUUGCUACUUUUUACACUUUAUCUUCUCUGAGCUGAACUCCUCCAUUCUGCUCCCUAUAAAAGCUUCCCCAAAAUUUUACUACCACCUGUUUGUCUCCUCCAUUCUCUUUUCGCAAUUGAUGAACAGUUGCAAGGAUUCUUGAAAUGCAAGAUUUCUCUCUUGUGAUGUUCAUCUGAAGACGAAGAGGAGAAGGAAAAAUGAGCAGAAAUUGGGUUGUUCCUGUUCUCAUUCUUGCUGUUCUUUUCGGCGGGGUCUCAUCAGCUUCAGCCUCUCCACCCGCAAAGAUAAUUAGUAGUGCGGUCUCAAACGUGGUGUCGGCACUUGUCAAGUGGCUUUGGUCGCUUCAGUCCACACCCAAAACAGAGGUUUCUGGCCGUUCAAUGAUGAAGUUCGAGGGUGGAUACACAGUCGAGACGGUUUUUGAUGGAAGCAAGCUCGGAAUUGAACCAUACUCCAUUGAGGUGUCCGGUGAUGGGGAGCUUCUAGUGCUGGACUCUGAUAACAGUAACAUCUACAAGAUCUCGAUUCCAUUGUCUAGCCAUAGCAGGCCUAAGCUCGUUGCUGGGUCGCCCGAAGGUUAUUCAGGUCAUGUGGACGGGAGGGCCCGAGAAGGAAGACUGAACCAUCCCAAGGGUCUAGCAGUCGAUGACAGAGGCAACAUUUACAUCGCUGAUGCAAUGAAUAUGGCCAUUCGGAAGAUCAGUGAUUUGGGGAUAUCAACAAUAGCCGGCGGAAAAUGGGGCCGAGGAGGAGGCCAUGUGGAUGGUCCGAGUGAGGAUGCGAAGUUCUCAAAUGACUUUGAUGUGUUUUAUGUGGGCAUCAGUUGUUCUCUUAUGGUAGUAGACAGAGGAGACCAAGCUAUUCGAGAAAUUCAGCUUCAUCAAGACGAUUGUAAUUCCCAUGAAGAUGGUGGCAGUUUCCAUCUAGGAGUAGCAGUGCUUGUUGCUGCUGGAUUUUUCGGUUACAUGCUUGCACUGCUGCAGCAAAGGGUUCGAGCGAUGUUUUCUUCCAAGAAUGAUUUAAGAGCUCCAAUAGUGAAGAAGACAUGUUCACCGAUGCCACCAUAUCAGAUGCCGCCUAAAUCAGUCAGGGCCCCAUUUAUUCCGCCGGAGGAUGAUAAUGAAUCCGAAGAGACCGACGACGGCCUCUUUAUUUCUGCUGCGAAGCUCAUCAUCAACACUGGCUCAUCCAUGGCUGAAAUAAUCGCGGGGCUGUUCACGAGUUCUUCCAGGAGGACGAAGGCCCGCAAUUAUCCAAGACAGGAGACCUUUUUUAUCCCCGAGGAGGACGAGCCGCCUCCUAUGGAACCGCGAGGCCGAGCUCCGCAUCUCAAGAGAACCUACCCGUUUACGACUUACAAUGAGAUGGAAAGGAGUGAAACUUCGGGGCAAAUCCAUGCCCCAGGUGGUAAUAAUUGGCCAGUCGGAGACUACCGCAGGCCCCAACCCGAAGUACAUCAGCAGCAGCCAUUGGCUCAGCACAGGCAACAACAUCACAGCAGUAGUCAUUCAAGUACAUUAUAUCGGCUCAGGACCGACUCAUGCAGUCUGCACUAUCGACAGGCACUUCUCGUCGAACCCUCAGACAUACUACGAGAAGAACUGCGAGACAAAUGAGGUCGUGUUUGGAGCUGUCCAGGAACAAGACGGGCGGAGAGAGGCAAUGGUGAUAAAAGCCGUCGAUUAUGGAGACCCGAUGUAUAACCACCACAACAUACGGUCACGAUCGAUCAAUUACAUGGGCUACUCCAACGGAUACUGAUAAUUGGAUGAUCUGGCCAUCCUCUAAUACAUUUGGAUAGACUAAUUAGAGCAGAGCUUUAUGCCAGAGGAAGGCUUUAGCAUAUUCCCUUUUUGUUUUUGCUUUGCUUCUUUGAAGAGGAAUGGAUCAAUGAAUAUAUAUAUAUAUAUAUAUAUAUACACACACACGCUUGUAAGUGAUAUACUUUCUUUUUGGC